CCUACUUGGAUAUAUUUACAGCCCCAAAGAAAACAACAGGCCUAUCCAAAGAGGAACAGGUUUGGCCCAAAAGACUAAACCAAUGUAGUCAUGGAGGACAAGGAAGCUUUGCCUGGCUGGACUUAGGGAAAGUGGCCAGAUGGGAAGGUCAUGUUUCUCAUGAAUGUGGAAGGAUGAGGCCAUAUCCCACAGAUUUGACUGUAGUUUCAUGUGCAAUGAUUUAAAUCUUUGAUUUAGAGUAGGACCCCGCCACGGACAUCGGUGAGCACCCUGAACAUAGAUUAAUGCAGCUAUGAGGGAAGAACACCAGCCUCUCAACAGAGUUAAAAAAUAGAAAGUCUUCCUAAGAAAGGGUCUGGAAAAAGGAAGCUUCUUGACCUUGUAAAAUGUCAGUGGUAUGAGUGAAGUAGCACAUAGUAGGUAUAGGCACACAGUAGGUGUGGUAAAACAGGGUAUGCAUGGGAACUUCUGAGUCAUGCUGUGUCUGUGUAUAGAUGAGGCUCUUAGAAGUCUGUUGCUGCCAUGGAAGAAAUGGGGGCAGGCAGUUAUUGGACAAAUGGGGUGGGAUAAUAGGGUAUCUAUUUGAAACACAGUAAAUAACGGAUUAAAGGGUUAAUUUUUCCCCAAAUUUUAAUUAUAACCCUGAAGAGGCAAUGGUUUUACAAGUCUAGACAGAUAAAAAGAAAUCGCAAAGGAGAGUUGAAAACAACUCAGACUAUGCAAAUAUUAAAAACUUAUGUUAGCAAAAUAUUAUAAUAGCAACCAGAAUUCGAAGUCAGACAAUGUUGGGAAAUGUUUGAGGAGAAUGUGACAGACAAAGGCCUGAUAUCUUUAUGAAAUGAAAUGUUUGUACAAAUUGAUAAGAGAAACAUUGUAAUUCUAGAAGCAUAAACAGACAAGUCAUAAAAAAAAAGAAGAGAAAACCAGUAAAUAAACAUAUGGAAGAUAUUGGAUUGAUUUGGCAGUCAAAUCCAUUUAAAUGAGCAAGAAAAAAUAUGAAAUUUUAUUUUUAUGAAACCCAGUGCUAGCGAGGAUGUUGUAAAAGUGGUACUCUCAUGCUUUGGUGAUAUUUAAAUUAGUACCUCCUUUUUGGAAAGCAUUUGGCAGUACAAUAUCAUGAGCCGUAAAAAAUGUUUAUAGCCUUUGACCUAGUAAUUUGACUUGCUUCUGGGAACUUCUCCUGAAGAAAAUUAAUCCAAAAUAUGGAAGAAAUUAAGGACCUAAAAUAAAUUGAGAAAUGCUAAGUGUCUCACAAUAGAGAAUAGUUAAUGUGUCAUGGUACACUGAUUGGAUGUAAAACAACGUUGUCCUUCUUAAAUACAGAAAUGGAGCACAGGCAGAUAAAAGGAAAGAUUCUUGUGAUUUCAUAUGAAAUAAAGUCAUAAGGUAUUUACAUUUUUGUGUCUGGGUGUGCAUAUGAGCGUGGGUGCCCACUAAUGCCACAGGUAGUUGCCACUGCUGAUUGUGGAUGCAGGGCACCAAACUCAGGUCCUCUGGAAGAGCAGCACAUACUCUUAAUGACUGAGUGAUGAUUCCAGCCCCGGUAAAGAAUUAUGCAGAAAAAUAUAUCCAGAAGAAAACAGUUGGAAUAACCAAAUUUUGAGUUCUUAAGCUGGGGUGGUGGUAUAUUAGUGAGGUUUUUCUUUAAUUCUCCCCCCCAUUAUAUUCCUCUCAUCUAUUAAACUUCUGUGACAGUUGCCCUCUAUGUGUCCCUCAUUCCCACCCAAAUCCACACCCAAUUUCCAGAGUCCUGCUCAUGUAUGUGAGCAUCCAGAAACCCAGUCAUUCACCAGCUGUAUGGAACUGUCUCAUGUCCAAGCUCCAUAAUACUGUCUUAGCAUUUCUUUCUUUCUUUCUUUCUUUUUUUAGAAUGAUACAUUUUUUAAAUUAGGUAUUUUCUUCAUUUACAUUUCAAAUGUUAUCCCAAAAGUGCCCCAUACCCUGUCUUAGCAUUUCUAUGUAUGUCAUACACAAUUCACAUUCCGAGGAAAUGACUGAUGCAUAUUGUGUGUCCUUUUCUGUAGUUAAAUUCCAAACCUCAAAAAGGCAGGAUCCAUUUCAUAUACUUCCCUUGCUUGCUAAGCAUGGUGCUUUGCCUGCUGCAUAGAUAUCAAUUUAAAGAUGUUUCUUCCCACGCUGCAGGGGGAGCUCACGAGGGUCUUCAGCAUCUGGGUCCUUUUGGCAACAUCCCCAACAUAGUGGCAGAGUUGACUGGUGACAACAUUCCUAAGGACUUCAGUGAGGAUCAAGGCUACCCAGACCCUCCAAAUCCCUGUCCUCUUGGGAAAACUGCUGAUGAUGGAUGUCUAGAAAACGCCCCCGACACUGCAGAGUUCAGCCGAGAAUUCCAGUUAGACCAGCACCUUUUUGAUCCAGAACAUGACUACCCAGGUUUGGGCAAGUGGAACAAGAAACUCCUUUAUGAGAAAAUGAAGGGAGGACAGAGGCGGAAGCGGAGGAGUGUCAAUCCCUAUCUACAAGGAAAGAGGUUGGACAAUGUUGUGGCAAAGAAAUCUGUCCCCCACUUCUCAGAAGAGGAGAAGGAAGCAGAAUAAAGAGAAGACAGUAUGUAGAAACCCAUCCAAUGCUUAUGUGCAUGUUCAUAGAGCCCGUGAGUGACAGCAUGCAUUUUACAUAUUUAUGGAUGAAAAGCAGCUGUCCUUGCCUCCAUACCAAUGCCUGUGCUUUCUGCUACAUUAGAAUAAAAGCUCCUUCUCUUUGGGGGAUUUUUUUGAUGUGGAUCUGCAAGAAACAUUACAAUUAAAAUGUAUAUGUCAAGUAUAAUAAAAACACGGAUAUGAAAUACUCAGAUUUCUUGCAGUUUUGGGUUAUGCUGUUUGGGCCAAGUCUGUAAAACGCUAGCAUUUGAUUUUGAUUAUGUAGUGUAUCUAGCCCUUGGGCCUUGUUACACACCAAUAAAGAAGUUUGUACUCAAGCAGAGGGGGUGACACAUCUCACUCUGCUGCUUCUUAAUAAAUGUAUGUGCGAGCA